AUGGCUCUUUCGCUGCGCAACCUAGUCGUGAGCUUCUUGGCCGCCGGCACUGCCCUUGGGGCGCCGGCCAUCCAGGAAAGACAGGAGACCGCUGCCUGUACAUCUACUAAGAAACGACGCUCUUGGCACUCACUCUCUGACGAGGAGAAGCAGACAUACAUCGAAGCCGAACUCUGCCUGAUGAACACGCCUUCCACCAGCGACCUUCGUGGUAGCAGGACAAAAUUUGACGACUUCCAAGCCAUUCAUGUCCUCCAGGCCGAAAUCGCUCACUUCGUUGGUCAAUUUCUUCCGUUUCACCGCCUCUUUGUGUAUGCCCAUGAGUAUGCCCUCGAAACCGAAUGCGGUUACGAGGCCGGCCAGCCAUACUGGGCAGAAGAGCUUGACGCUGGGGCAUUCUCGAAAUCUAUACUCUUUGACCCCGAACUCGGCUUUGGGGGCAAUGGUGUUGGCGACUCCCAGUGCAUCCAGGACGGGCCGUUCGCUAACUACACCAACCCUCUCGGCCCGGGCUACGAAAUCAGUGAUCAUUGCAUCCAGCGUCAGAUAAGCGAUCGUGCGAGCACCUCUGCUCAAGAGAGUGUCCUCGAGCGGUGCAUGAACAUGACUGACUUCAUGGACUUCUGGCCAUGCAUUGAAGGUGGCCCUCAUGGAGCAGGUCACGGAGGCGUCGGGGCCCAGAUGUUAAACCCAAUUUCCAGCCCCGGGGACCCGCUCUUCAUGCUUCAUCACACAUGGCUAGAUCGACUAUGGGCCAAGUGGCAGGAACAAGAUCCCGAAACUCGCUUGAGUGCGAUCGGAGGAAACAAUCGUGGUGGACUGGGUGGAGGAUUCCCUGGAGGAGGGUUCCCUGGAGGUGGGUUCCCUGGGGGAGACUUCCCUGACUUCCCCGGGUUUCCAGGAGAUUUCCCUGGAUUUCCUGGAGGUCCUGAUGGAGACGGCCCUAUCCCUGAGGAUCCCGAAAAUCCGCCAGAAGGAGAUCCAGAAGGGGCACCAGCUCCGCCAUUCGGUGGUGGCGGAGGAGGUGCUUUCAUGGGCAUGAUCCGCCCUGAUGAUGUCCCUGAACCCCAGGUUAUUGGAGAUCCGGGUAAUGACACUACUCUGGACCAUCUGCUGGAGAUGUACGGCAUCGUCGAGGAUAGGACUAUCGCUGAGGUCAUGGAUAUCAGCGAUUUGUGCUAUGAAUAUGACUAA